ACGUGACGCAGAAUUAUACGCUGGCGACGACUGGGUUACAAAGGAAAGUUCGCGCUCAGACUUUUCAGGGAUUCCCGCGAAGCGCGCGGUUAGGGUGUCGCGAAAACUCGCUUCGAAACGAUUACAAUAAGGAUAGAGAGGUUUUGCACGCUAUUCAACGUUUCCGCCACUCUGACACCUGGACAAAUUCAUUCUUAUACCGUUAUGGAGACUCUCGAAUCUAGCCGCAUUUGCCGUCUUUGCGGCAAACAAUCCGGUAUUUCGAUUAAUAUUUUCGAUAAGAAUGAAAGCCAUGUGAAGAAAAUCAACGCCAUUCUCCCAGUCAUGGUACACGAAAUGGAUUUGUUACCAAAGCACAUGUGUCACCGGUGCAGCUACAAAUUGGAAGAAUUUCACAAGUUUUACGUCGACUGUUUGAAGACGGACGCGGAUUUAAAAAGUCAAUUGUCCUGGAUGAGAAAGGAGAACUCGAAGGAAACGAUUGGCGUACCGAUGGUUCACAUAGAGAACGUUAAGAUGAAAUUAGAGCCUCCGGAUUACGAUGUAUACGAGAUGAAUCCGAUGGUCGAUGAUAACGUAAACUAUAUAAAUUCAGUUAGCUCGGUAACUUUUCCGGUAAACGGUAUCCAGCCGAACGGUAUCCCCGAGGGCAUUACGUAUACGGCGUACGCACGUUGCGCUUGUUACUGUGAUAAAACGGACCAAAGUAAUCAAACUGUAUGUACGAAUUAUAAAAAUACGAUACCAAGGUGCAAUAGGGUAAAGAACGUUACCUCGGACAGCAAUGGCUGCUCCAACGAAUUACAGCAGGCUGUGAAGAAAAAUGUGUUAGCGAAUAAAUCGCAUAGGAAACGAUCAAAUUAUAAUUUACCGACGAGAAGAGAUAAAUGUAGCGCGAACAAAGAGCUAUCGACAAGUAUUAUUGUUCGAAAUUUAAGGCCCAGGAAGGGUUUUAUAGAUUAUACGGGGACGAAGAAAAAACAAAAUCCCGUUAUUUCGUCGAGGAGUACGGAUACAAAGUUUUCAAUACCGCUGGCAAAAUUUCCAGCAACGCAAAUUAAAGUUGAACCCUUUCACGGUGUCGAAGGUCGUACAUUGAGACCAAGAAAAGGAACGAUCGAUUACAUAGGACCAAAACGAAAGUACUCGAAAUUCAUAGAUACGAACCAAAGAUCGCAGCAGGAUGACAAGUAUCAUCGGUCAAUAAAGAAACAAAAAGUUCGAAAUAUAGCGAACAAAUUGAAAAUACCUAUGAAAAAGUUGCCAAUUUUGUUAGAGAAUACAAUUAAAUUAGGUAUAAAAGAAGAGCAACAACUGCCCGAUCCGGAAGAUACGCUGCCGUUUCACGAAUCGGUAUCUGCGACAUUAUCGAGAAACUGCGAACGUAGGAGAGACACCAUCCGUUUGGCCAGUAAAAUAGACUCACUGCCUAACGAUUUUGUCGCGAAUGUACAAAAUAGUAGAAUAGAUGGUAGUUUAUUAAAUCCAAGACACCCUAACAUCAUCGUCGAUAGAUUGAGAAAGAUUGGCUCGAACCGAAUCGCACCGGUCAACUAUCCGCCCAAGUAUUUAACAAGUCAACAUUUAUAUCUUAGAAGCGGUAAAAUGAAAAAAUUUGAUAACAUCCAACUAUCGUCCAGGAAAUUACUAAGUCUUGGAAAUAUCACGAACAACAGUCAAACUGUCGGAACGAAUUUGAUGAAGACGAUUCGAGGUAUAAAUACCUCGAAAAAGAUGUCAGCAUCGUUGAUCGAUAAUAUUAAGCGCUAUUGCGAAGAAUGUAACACCAGUUUCUUCAACAGAGAAUUAUUUAAACUUCAUGCGUGUUAUCAUUGACUUUUUGUCGAAUAUAUGUAGAUUUAUUUUUCUUUCGGAUACCUUUCGAGAUCAAAUGCAGUCGUGAUUUUUCAUCUCUACAAUCGCGUCAUUACUAAUUGUAUAUUGUUUUUUCUUCCCCUUUCAAAAACAAAUUUUUACGAAAUACUUAUCAUUUGGGGAACGCACGAAUGAAUCACGCAUUAUAAAAACGAAAAUUAAUAUAUAUAUAUAUAUACAAUAUACACAUAUUGAAAUCUCUAUUUUUAUGAGGAAAAACACAUACGAGUAUGAUCUAUGAUAUACAAAGUUGAUGUAUGUACAGAGUUAUAACAAACGUUAAAGUUCAAGAGAUAUACACACAUAUACAUAUAUUUUAAGAAAUGUCAAACAUACAUAUACAUAUACAUGUACAAUAUACACACGAUAUUGUGAUAUGUAAAUGAUGAAAGGAUGAUAGAUGUGCACUCGUUCUUUUGUGAGAAAGUAAAUCAAUAUGGUAAUAUCAAUAUUGGUCAUUAUCAUCGAUAUCGAAUAAUUAGUUGAUGAUGCUAUGUAAUACGUAUGAACAUGUUUUUUUUAUGUUUCCACUAAUCAUUCGAUUCGAUAAUACGCGUCGUGAAAGUUUAGAGUAUCUAACAUUUCUUUUCCUUUAUUAUAAGCAUAAGCUUGUUAUGUUAUACAAUUUAAAGUUUAUUAUUCAUAUUAUUAUUUUGUAUUCAUCAUCGUGCAAUAUACAAUGAUUGCAAUGGAUUGCAGCACCCGUAACUUAUUACAGGGUAUCCUUACAAUAUUGAUGAAUCGAUUAAUAAAUAAACUAUAAUUGCGGUGUAAA